ACCAGUGUAGCUUAAAUGUAAAACAUUAUUUUUUAAGUAUUAAUAAAUUCUACAAAAAAAUCUAAUGAUACUUUUGUUGUAAGCAAUAAAAACACUCAUUAAUCAAAAGUAAAAACAAUGAAACGUUAACACUAUGGAAAAAGUGAAUACGCAAUCGAUAUGUAAAUCACUUCCCUUCCAGAGACCAAUCACGGUUUGAGCAGUCAUCGACGUCAUGGCGCGAGGACGCUAUUUAACUGCUUCAACUUUCACUUUCUGUUCAUGGUAAAAAGUGCGACAUGUACCGAAGACUUUCGGGUAGAAUACAGUAAUAUUGGCCUGUUGUUUCAUUUGGUUUAUUACUUGUCGUUUGUUACUUGCUUUAAGUUCGAAGACGUGACUCUUAAUCAUUCGAGGCAGACGAUGUCCGGUUUACUGUCGACCAUCGAGAAACUCAGCAGCCAAGCAGCAUCUGCCCUGAAAGGUAAGUGACUGUUUAAUUGUUGGGAACAGAAACAAACCUCUGUAAAGCAUACACAUGAUGUGGAUUUGUACUAAAUUGUCCCCCUGUCUGUCUAUCUGCACACUUGUUGUUGUUGUUGUUGCAGAGGCAGAUUAUCUCAGUGAUGCAGAUAUCAGGAUACUGACUCGACAAGAUCUAAAUGAACUGCUGCCUGGACCCAAGAACCUCAUACUAAGAAAGAAAAUAUUUGACUCAAUACAAGAACAUGUGAGUUUACCAAAGAAGUCAGAUUUGUCACUGACAUAAAAUAAUGGAAAUGAACAGGCUCUGUAAAUUAUUAUAAUUACUCUGUAUCAUAUUUGUGGUUUCAGGAGCCAAUUAAUGGGCCAUCUAGGGGAGAGGACAAAGUCUUUCCAGAGGAAUCCUCCAAAAGUUUGUUCAGCCUUAUGAGCUCUUUUGCUUUCAUUCUGACCAAGCCAUUUUGGUUUUGGUUUUGAUUUGACUCAAAAGAUGUCCUGUUUUUCUCUCCCCAGCCGCUCUCAAGGAGAUCUUAUCUGAUAACCUCAGUAUCCUACAAAACUUGAAGACCUCUUUGCACAAUGCCCAGAGUCCCCUUGAUGCUCAGUAUGUUCGUCUUCUGAAUAUAGCGACAGCUCACCAAGAGUCUGGUAAAGGCUAUAUUGCAGAGUUUUACAUCAUUUUUGUGUUACAUUUUUUUUAACAGCUUCACUAUUUCCUCACAGAAAAGUGACCAUCUUCAUGAGAGACUGUGGCUUUUUAAACUUGCUCAUGUUACUUAACUGAUGCUGUUCCUGUCGCAAAACUUCUGUACUGGCAUAAAAUUCAAAAUAAGCAUGGAUUUUUAUUUUUUCAAAACUCUGCAUUUUUUUAAGUUAAAACAUUUAACAUGUUGUCUUUGCACUUUUUUAAACAGCACUUUUAAUGGGUGUAAAUAAUUGUAAUUGUCAAAUUCUGUUUUGUCAACAUUUUACAAAGUCAACAAACCCUUAUGGAGUUUGGGUUGUAAUGCCUUUAAUUUUUGAUGUAUUAUUUACUCACUUGAGUAUCCUCGUAUGCUAACUAUUUUUGCGUGUUUAAUUCUUGACAGAUAUCACUAACACUGAUGAUGACAUGGAGACAAGUACUGGUGGGGUUACUUCCUCCAAUGUCAAUGACAACAGCCAGUCUUCUGGCAUUCUUUCAAGUCAGUAAUCUAUAUCACAUAUUUACUAUUCAAAAACUUAAAGGUUGUGUUAUAAGUUUAAAUGGAGCGCCCUUUUAAGGUCUUCAGUUGUUUUAAGACUUUGAGCAAAGUGGUCUUAUCAUCAACAGAUUAAAAUAGACAUACAUGUUACAAAUUGGUUUUAGUUUUAAUAAAAAUAAGCACAUGGAUCUUAAUUUUCUAAGCUUCAAUCUAAAUAUUAAUUAAUCUGAUUCUUGUUCUAAAGAAUAGGUAUAGAAGCAUUUCACUGACUGUCUUGACAUUGUAUCUUUCAGUUGCAGAGGUGAAGCAGUAUCUUUCUCAACUGCAUGGUAAGAAUUUUGUUGUGUAAAUUAAACACACCAUAUUUAAAGGUCAGGUGAUAUUGAUAUUGACUCUUAUGAGAUAUUAUCACUGUUUACAUGACUUGUAAACUGACAGUAAGAUAUUAGGAUUACUGAUAUAGAGGAUGCUUAGAACCAGUUUUCCUCAAGAUGGAGCAAAAUAAAAAGAGAUAUUUAAAAAAAAAUGUUUUUUCUUAUAUUAAGGGAAACUCAGUUUUUUGUCCUAUCUGCAAAAAGGUUGACUAUUUUAAGUGUUGGGAACAUUAACACACCUCUGUAAAGCAUACACAUGAUGUGGAUUUGUACUAAAUUGUCCCUCUGUCUGUCUAACCGCACACCUGUUGUUGUUGUUGUUGCAGAGGCAGAUUAUCUCAGUGAUGCAGAUAUCAAGAUACUGACGCCACAAGAUCUCAAUGAACUGCGGCCUGGACCCAAGAACCUCAAACUAAGAAAGCAAAUAUUUGACUCAAUACAAGAACAUGUGAGUUUACUCAAGCAGUCAGAUUUGUAAAUGACAUAAAGUAAUGGAAAAAAACAACUUCUGUAAAUAAUGAUAAUUAUUCUGUGCCAUAUUUGUAGCUUCAGGAGACAAUUAAUGGGCCAUCUAGGGGAGGGGACAAAGUCUUUCCAGAGGAAUCCUCCAAAAGUUUGUUCAGCCUUAUGAGCACUUUUGCUUUCAUUCUGACCCAGCCAUUUUGGUUUUGGUUUGACUCAAAUGAUGUCCUGUUUUUCUCUCCCCAGCUGAUCUCAAGGAGAUCUUAUUCGAUAUCCUACAAAACUUAAGGACCUCUUUUCACAAUGUCCAGAGUACCCUUGAUGCUCAAAGUCUUCUUCUGAACCAACUGUGUAAAGAAACACCUCACCAAGAGUCUGGUAAAGGCUAUAAUGAAGAGUUUUACUUCAUUUUUGUGUUAUUAAAAACUUGAGUUGUCUUAUAGUUAUUGUUUUUCUGUUGUUGAAUAAACAAAAGGACUCGAGAGAUCAGAUGCAAAGUUGGAAAUAGCUGCAGUAACAUUUUCAUACUUUCAGGUCAAAAGAAUCUUCAGUCUUGUGAUAAUUUUGAUGGCAUUGUUUUAGUGUUGUUUCUUAUAUCCUCCAAAGUGAUUGAUUCAGUUGAUUUUUGAUAGUGUUUCAUACUUUGAGCCUGAAACUUAGAUUUGUGCCUUUAUCAGGUACAAGUAACCCAGCCCUCAGUGGUUCUGUCCAAAAUGAUCAUGAUCAUCCACAAGGAGCGUUUGGAGGACGUCCCAACCCACAAGGUAUUUAUUUUGAGUCUUUUUAAUAAAUUAUUAAAGUUUUCGCCUUAAGUAAAUUUGAAAUUAUUCUCCCAAGUUUUAGAGUUAAUGAGUGUACCUAUUCUCUCUUGUGAGGCUCUUGCACAGGUAUCAUGGAUACAGAUGAUGCCCCAGCGGUGACCAAUCCAAGUUCAGACAAUGGGAAAUCACAUGGAACAAGUAAAUACUCAACCUCCUUUUUAUUAGAGUGGGAUGCUGGGUAAAGUUUUGAAGACAGAUAUUGAUGUUUUGCAAACCAUUUCAACCCUGUAUUUGAUUGAAAGUGCAAAAACAACACAUUAAAUGUGAAUACUGCAAAUGUUAUUGUUUUAUUAACAAUAUUACUCUCAUUUUGAAUUUGAUGCCGGUAACAUCAUUUCAAACAGAUCAGACAGGCAAACAACUCUGUGAACAUCAGAAGCGAAUGUACCCUCAUAGAUGUGUAGGCUACCCAUGGGUCCUCAUGUAUCUCCAUACUAUCAAUGAUCCUAUCAUAAACUCUGUACUGACAGAAAGCUUUUCUCUUCAGGGCAGAGAAUGAGGUGUCAGGGAUUUCCAAAACUAAUGCAAGGACCUCCAUUUAUUUUGAACAUGACAGGAGUUUACUGCUGAGCAGUGGUUUUGUGCAGAAUCUGCUUUGUUCAUAAAAUUCUGUAGAUGAUGUAUUAAAGAUGUGGAAAACCCCAGAUUCUUUGCUCAUUUUUGUGUUACAUUUUUUUUAACAGCUUCACUAUUUCCUCACAGAAAAGUGACCAUCUUCACUUCUGAGGGACUGUGGCUUUUUAAACCUGCUCAUGUUAUUUAACUGAUGCUGCUUCUGUUGCAAAUGUUCUGUACUGGCAUAAAAUUCAAAAUAAGCAUGGAUUUUUAUUUUUUCAAAACUCUGCAUUUUUUGAAGUUAAAACAUUAAAUUUGUUGUCUUUGCACUUUUUUGAAAAGGAUUUUUUACGCGUGUAAAUAAUUGUAAUUGUCAAAUUCUGUUUUCGUCAACAUUUUACAAAGUCAACAAACCCUUAUGGAGUUUUGGUUGUAACUGCCUUUUAUUUUCAAUGUAUUAUUUACUCACUUGAGUUUCCUCGAAUGCUAACUAUUUUUCUGUGUUUAACUCUUGACAGAUAUCACAAAGACUGUGCCUUUAUCAGGUACAAGUAACCCAGCCCUCAGUGGUUCUGUCCAUAAUGAUCAUGAUCAUCCACAAGGAGCAUAUGGAGGACGUCUCAACCGACAAGGUAUUUAUUUUGAGUCUUUUUAAAAAAUUAUUUAAGUUUUCACCUUAAGUAAAAUUUGGUAUUAUUCUCCCAAGUUUUAGAGUUAGUGAGUGUACCUAUUCUCUCUUGUGAGGCUCUUGCACAGGUAUCAUGGAAACAGAUGAUGCCCCAGCGGUGACCAAUCCAAGUUCAGACAAUGGGAAAUCACAUGGAACAAGUAAAUACUCAACCUCCUUUUUAUUAGAGUGGGAUGCUGGGUAAAGUUUUGAAGACAGAUAUUGAUGUUUUGCAAACCAUUUUAACCCUAUAUUUGAUUUAAAGUGGUGCAAAAACAACACAUUAAAUGUGAAUACUGCAAAUGUUAUUGUUUUAUUAACAAUAUUACUCUCAUUUUGAAUUUGAUGCCGGUAACAUCAUUUCAAACAGAUCAGACAGGCAAACAACUCUGUGAACAUCAGAAGCGAAUGUACCCUCAUAGAUGUGAAGGCUACAUAUGCCAUGGUUCCUCAUGUAUCUCCAUACCAUCAAUGAUCCUGUCAUAAACUCUGUACUGACAGAAAGCUCUUCUCUUCAGGGCAGCGAAUGAGGUGUCAGGGAUUUCCAUAACUAAUGCCAGGACCUCCAUUUAUUUUGAACAUGACAGAAGUUUUCUGCUGCGCAGUGGUUUUGUGCAGAAUCUGCUUUGUUCAGAAAAUACUGUAGAUGAUGUACAAAAGAUGUAGAAAAUCCCAGAUUAUUUACAAAUUUACUUACAGGAACAUUUUUCUUGAACAGCUUCACUAUUUCCUCACAGAAAAGUGACCAUCUUCACUUCUGAGGGACUGUGGCUUUUUAAACUUGCUCAUGUUAUUUAAUUGAUGCUGUUCCCGUUUUGUACUGGCAUGGAUUUAUUUUUUUAAACUCUGCCUUUUUUUUCACGUUUGAACAUUUAACAUGUUGUCUUUGCACUUUUUUAAACAGGAUUUUUAAUGUAUGUAAAUGAUUGUCAUUGUAAAAUUCUGUUUUCGUCAACAUUUUACAAAGUCAACAAACCCUUAUAGAGUUUGGGUUGUAACUGCCUUUUAUUUUUGACGUAUUAUUUACUCACUUGAGUAUCCUCGUAUGCUUACUUUUUUUCUGUGUUUAACUCUUGACAGAUAUCACUGACACUGAUGAUGUAAUGGAGACAAGUACUGCUGGGGUUACUUCCUCCAAUGUCAAGGACAACAGCCAGUCUUCUGGCAUUUUUUCAAGUCAGUAAUCUAUAUCACAUACUUAUUAUUCAAAAACUUUACUUAAAGGUUGUGUUAUAAGUUUAUAUGGAGCACCCUUUUUGCACUUUUAAGGUCAUCAAAUGUGUGAAAUCUUUGAGCAUAGUGUCCUUAUCAUCAACAGAUUAAACUAGACAUACAUGUUAUAAAUUGGUUCUAAAUGUUAAGUAGUCUGAUUCUGGUUUUAAAAAAUAGUUAUAGAAGCAUUUCACCGACUGUCUUGACAUUGUCUCUUUUAUUUGCAGGAUUUACACAAUUUUUUUCUCCAACCGAAGGUAAGAAUUUUGUUGUGUAAAUUAAACACACCAUAAUUAAAGGUCAGGUGAUAUUGAUAUUGGCUGUUGAGAUAUGAUCACUGUUUCCAUGACUUGUAAAUUGACAGAAAGAUAUUUGGAUUACUGAUAUAGGGGAUUCAGAGAACCAGUUUCUCUUGAGAUGGAGCUAAAUUAAAAGACAUAUUUAAGAAUCUUUUUCCUUAUAUUGAGGGUAACUCAGUUUUUGUCCCGUCUGUGAAAAGGUUCCAGUUUGUGCCUGAAAACAAUUCUUUAUUUAGCAGUGAAGUACAAGAUGGUUGUCAGCGGUAAAACCUUUGGAGCCCAUGAACACUUCAUGAAGAAAGUGGAGGAUAAAUUUCAGGGCCGGGCACAGCUUAUUGAAAGUAAUGACGAUCACCAGGUCACUAUUUUAUUCUGCCCAAUAAUUUCACGUAUGGUGACUGACAUCCAAGCAGCCAUGGCUGAAGUGAAAGGUAAGAGGAGGAAUCUUGAGAAUGGUCUUUUUCAUUUGUGGAGCUUUGACAUGCUUAAUAAUUUUAGACAUUUGUAAUCAUAGUCAUUUUAACAUAUCAUUCCGAAAGGAUUUCACUGUUUGUCAUAAACAUUUCACAAAGUAUGAAAGUUUUUAGUGAAUUCAAAAACACAAACAAAAAAUAAUAUGUCAUGAAUUCAGAAAAAAAAACCCUCAAUAUUAAAUCCUACAAAAUGGUUGCGUGCGUGUGUGUGUGUGAGUUUAUCAUGGGACUCGAAUGAAGUACAAAACAUUUGUUAACCAAUUAUGUGUUUAAAUGUAUUCAGGCUCCUCUCUUUUUUAAUUUACAGAUGACAAACCCAUCGUACUGGUGAUGAUGCAUCACUCACAUGAGCCCAAGGUCACGCCAUCUGUGAGACAACAUGUUAAUGAUGUCAGUACCAAGAAGAUUGUGCUCCAUGCCAAUGUUUUCUUCCAUGAGACACUGAAAGGACUAGUGCAGUGUCAAGAGAAUGAUACUGCUGCCUCUUUGAUCCAAAACAAAUUACUGGAGUACAGUCUUAAGAAAACUGAUCAUACCAGUGGACAAGGCAACAUGGAGGUUGAAAUUAUAACUGGAGGUAAGUCUUUAAAGGUGGUGAUAAAUCUUAGUGGUGAGACAAAAACAGAAUUGGCAAGUGCUUUAGGUGUCUCUGCUCAUAUCUACAUUUAUAUUAGAUGUACCAACAGCAAAACCAAAGUAAUUGAGGCCAUUUACCUUCUAAAGAAAAAUAUUUACUCCUUGGCAGCCUUUGAGGUAUUUGGUGGCUAAUAGGGUUUUAGUAUUUAACAACUCACUCAAAGUUAAAUUUAAAUCUGUCCCCUAAGAUUUCUGUUACCACCAUAGACUGUAUAUACUAUGGACAACUUGGUUCCGCCUCCCGCCUGUAUACGGAUUUGAAGCCAAAUAGCUCUCGGUAUUUCUGGGAUUUUUCUCCAUUUUCUGAAACCAGCGCUGCGCAGUAGCAAUGCGCGCAUUCGGCAGCGCAGUCGCAGAGAGUCGCUGUGAUGUCGCUCGGCUCAAACAACGUAUCCCCCGGGAAAGCUACGCAAUCCCUGAACGCCAAUAGGCUGUAUCAGGUGUCAAUCAUAGAAAACAUGAACCCCCUAAGAACUUUUAAAAACGGAGCUUCACAGAGAAAAGAGGACUUGAGCACAAACCAGUCUAACAAUAACUACAUGUCAACAUCACAAGCAGGGGGGUGAAAAAUUUAUGUUCUGUGUAAUAAAUUUCUCAAGUUUGUCAACAGCUCCAUAAGCUUUGCUGGCAGAGGUGGGAUUUAUGACCUGUACUGCAGCCCAUCAACAGAGGGUGCUGUUCUCGGAGUGGCUUCACCCAGCGAGGAGGCAGACUCUGUCCAUUCUAUAUACAGCCUAUGGUUACCACAGACAAUUAUGAUGCAUUGGUGACAUUUAGUUGUUCAACGAAUAGUGAUUCAAUGGGCAAAAAUUAAUAUAAUUUCCUCUUUGUUUGACUGUUUUAAGAUAAAUUAUGUUAAUGUCCUCUUAAGUUUACUAAAGUUGUGCUUGUAUUUGCUGAAUUCAUCUGUGGCAUCACUCUCUUUAUUUAGAGAAAUUAGGAGAAUCUAUUAUAGCGUUAAAAUAAAGCUCUGCUUUGCACUUGAGGAGUCUUGAAACAUUUUUGAGUUUGGUUCAUAAUUGCCUUGUCUAACAGUCUUUGUAAUCAACAAACUGAGUACAGGGUGAUUUUAUUUAUCCGUGUAAUACAGCUGUUUGAGUUAGCUAUAUAGCAGGCCAAUUGUUCUGUGUUUUGAUAGCUGUAUUUUAGAUUGUAAUGAAUUCUACUGAUUUAAAGAAAGGUUUGAAAACAUUUCGUUGAUUGAUUGUUGUCUCCCUCAUUAGCAGAGCUCUUCUCCAUGCCGCAUCACCCGGAGGGUAAGGACUGUUUUCUUUAAUAGUCUGUUGACACAAAACAGUUUAGAACCAGAUGGAAUUGAUGAAGAUUGACACAGCAUUUCAAAAUGUAUGUUAUAUGAAUAUGCUGGAAUAUGGUUCGCCAUAUAAAUCUGUGAUUGAUGCUCAUUUUUUUUUUUUUUUAAUAGUGAAGUACAAGAUGUUUGUCAGCGGUAAAACCUUUGGAGCCCAUGAACACUUCAUGAAGAAAGUGGAGGAUAAAUUUCAGGGCCGGGCACAACUUAUUGACAGUAAUGAUGAUCACCAGGUCACUAUUUUAUUCUGCCCAAUAGUUUCACGUAUGGUGACUGACAUCCAAGCAGCCAUGGCUGAUGUGAAAGGUAAGAGGAGGAAACUUGAGUAUGGUCUUUUUCAUUUGUGGAGCUUGGACACGCACAAUUAUCUUAAUUAUUACAUUUGUAAUCAUAAUCAUUUUAGCAUAUCAUGCCAAAAGGAUUUCACUAUUUGUCAUAAACAUUUCACAAAGUAUGAAAGUAUUUAGUGAAUUCAUAAACACCUCAAAAAUUGAGAAAAUAUGUCAUGAAUUCAGAAAAAAACACUAAACAACUCAAUAUUUAAUCCUUCAAAUUUGAAACAACACUUUUAAAACAACAUAACAAUCUUUUACUACCUGCAAUAUAAUGUUUUGCAGUGAGGAAGGAAUAAGACUUUACAUCUUGUCUGUGACAGAAUUAAACCCGAGUGCUACGCAAUGGGCACUCAUUAUUUCCCGUUCAUAUAGGCUAUGUCUUCUACAAAGAUUUAACAGUUUUUCAAAGGAUGGGUGAAGAGCUUAAGCUCAUAAAAUAUUUCAAAAAGGAACUUAUGUAUAGUGUGAUAGUUGAUAUGCCUUUAACAUGUUGUGAUAUACAACAGUGCUAUAUUUCCACCAGACCAACCUCUACUUCAGUUGUGCGUAUGUGUUCAUCAUGGGACUCUAAUGAAGUACAAAACAUUUGUUAAUCCAUUAUGUGUUUAAAUGUAUUCAGGCUCCUCUCUUUUUUAAUCUACAGAUGACAAACCCAUCGUACUGGUGAUGAUGCAUCACUCACAUGAGCCCAAGGUCACGCGAUCUGUGAGACAACAGGUUAAUGAUGUCAGUACCGAGAAGAUUGUUGUCGAUGUCAGUGUUUUCUUCCAUGAGACACUGAAUGGAUUAGUGCAGUGUCAAGAGAAUGAUACUGCUGCCUCUGUGAUCCAAAAAGAAUUACAGAAGUACAUUUCUAAGAAAACUGAUCAUACCAGUGGACAAAGCAACAUGGAGGUUAAAAAUAGAAGAACUGGAGGUAAGUCUUUAAAGGUGGUGAUAAAUCUAAGCAGUGACUCAAAAACAGAAUUGGCAAGUGCUUAAGGUGUCUCUGCUCAUAUCUACAUUUAUAUUAGAUGUACCAUCAGCAGAACCAAAGUAAUUGAGGCCAUUUACCCUUUGAAGAAAAAUGUAGACUUCUUGACAGCAUUUGAGGUAUUUGGCCGCUAAUAAGGUUUUAGUAUUUGAUAACUCACUCAAAGUUAAAUUUAAAAUUGUCUCCUAAGAUUUCUGUUACCACAGACAGUUAUGAUGCAUUGGUGACAUGUAGUGGUUCAAUGGAUAGUGAUUCACUGGGCAAAAAUUAAUAUAAUUUCCUCUUUGUUUGACAUUUUUAAGAUAAAUCAUGUUAAUGUCCUCUUAAGUUUACUAAAAUUGUGCUCGUAUUUGCUCAAUUUAUCUGUGGCUCUGCUUUGCACAUCAGGAGUCUUGAAACAUUUUCGAGUUUGGAUCAUUAUUACCUUGUCUUACAGUCUUUCUGACCAACGAACUGAGUACAGGAUGCUUUUAUUCAUCUGUGUUAUACAGCUUUUUGAGUCAGUUAUAUAGCAGGCCAAUUCUUAGUUCUGCGUUUUGAUAGCUGUAGUUUAGAUUGUAAUGAAUUCUACUGAUUUAAAGAAAGGUUUGAAAACAUUUUGUUGAUUGAAUGUUGUCUCCCUCGAUUAGAAGAGCCCUUCACCAUGCUGCAUCACCCGGAGGGUAAAGAUUGUUUUCUUUAACAGUCUGUUGACACUAAACAUGGUUCACCGUAUAAAUCUGUGAUUGAUGCUCAGUUUUUUUUUAAGCAUUGAGGUACAAGAUGGUUGUCAGCGGUCAAACCUUUGGAGCCCAUCAACAGUUCAUGAAGAAAGUGGAGGAUCAAUUUCGAGGCCGGGCACAGCAUAUUGAAAGUAAUGACGAUCACCAGGUCACUAUUUUAUUCUGCCCAAUGAUUUCACAUAUGGGGUCUGACAUCCAAGCAGCCAUGGCUAAAAUGGAAGGUAAGAAAAAAGAUUUUUGGUUCUCUUUUUAAUUCAAAUUUUCAUUUUUUUAAACUUGAUAUUAAACAAUUAUUAUUGAAACUGUGAUGUACUCUUAAAAAGAAGUGUCUUGAUUUUUUUUUUAAAUGUAUAAUUAAUUCUUGUCUGGCUCUCAAAAUAUCUAUCAAAUAUUUUUAUUAACUCUAGCUAGGCUAGAUUUUCCUUAUAAAUGCUCCUCUCUUAUACUACCCACAGAUGAAAAACACAUCCUCCUUGUGUCGAUGCAUCACUCACUUGGGCCCACGGUCACACCAUCCACCAGAACAUGGGUUGACUACCCAAACAUUAAGUUGCAUGUUAAUGUUUUCUUUCACGAGACACAGAAUGGAUUGAUAAUGUGUCAUGAAAAUGAUGAUUCUGUUUCUGCGAUCAGUAAUGAAUUACAGAAGUUCUGUCCUCUAAGAAAUGAAGAUACCACUGAACAAAACAACCAAGGUACAACCGUGGCAAAAAAAGCCAAAUCUGAUGGUGAAGGUAGUGAUAAGCAGAGUUUCCUUGGAUUCUCUCUACCAUCCUUUUCAAAGAAAAAAAAAUGAAUGGAUUGCGCCAACAAUAAUACUUAAGUGUUGUUGACAGUAUAUUGACAGAUUAAGAUCAUGUACUUAUGGAUGAAAAUGCAAUCUCUAUGUAACAUUUGAUCACUAAAUGGUGUCAGAUUUUAUAUUAGCCCUGCUAAUGAGUAGAAAAAAAGUUCUUCAAGAUAUUUCGAGAUCGCUUAACAUUUGUUGAAACUUAACAGAUCAUAGCUAAAAUGUUUAAUCAAUUAUCUAGAAAUAAAUUGAUUCUUAUAUUUAAAUGUUUGAUGUGCAGAGUUGGCUUUCCAGUUGGAUAAAAAUAAAAACAGCAUGAAGUGUGUUUUACAAUAGAUGUAUGCUUGAGAUAAAAUUAAGUAAAGAAAAACAAAGCUAGCAGCACAGCUGUGUUGAUUUUUGAUGGUUGGUGUUAAAACUUCACGUUUGUUUUGAUUAACUGAAGUGUACAGUAGAUGGUUAUAGUCAAAGCCACAAAGCUUGUUGACUGACAGAAUGUCCUGAUUAGUGAAUUUGUUGAUGAAAAAAAAUGCUGAUAACUUUGAAGCACACAUGUCCUUAUCUCUACAUUGUUGAAAUGUCAUGUUGAAGAAAUAGACCUCUGAGGUUUCACACAUACAAUAAACUGCAUGUCUGUGUAAAAUCCUGUUGUCAGUGGUACUUCUCUUGCUGUUUUGUGACAGUCAAAAAGUCUUAACAAAACUGCAUCAUCGAUCUUUGGGAAUAUAAAAUGAGUUGAGAUUUGCUAAAAAUAUGCAAAAUGUCAUUGUUACCACGUUUAAUUGAAGUGAGCACAUUACAAAUUAAGGCUUUUAUAUUUGAUUUGUUAGACUGAACAGUUAACCUCCCCAUGUUUGAAUAUGUUUAAAUGGUCAGCAUUUAUAGUUUGGUUUAGACCAAGGAACGCAUCUUUAAAAUUGUGCUUUGGAUUAAUAACAUAUUUUUUCUAUUCUGGCUGACUGAGGGCUCAGAGAGUUCUAGUUGGCAUUUGUCAAAAUAUGGUUAAAGGAGUGUUGUGUUAUUGACAAACAGUGUUAUGCAGUGAUUCAUAUGGAUGGGACUUUUCAACUGUUUUUGUCAACAAUAAAAUUUAGAUAGAUACAGAGCUGGCCCAAGCCUCAAUGGGGCAAAAUUUCUGCCAAUAAUAUUGAUUGUUGAUCAUUCACACACCUUCACAAAUCUCUUUUAACAUUCCAUGACAUGCAAACAUACCUUUAUCUUGGUGGGUUUUUUUUGCUUCUUCCUCUUUCUUUUCUCUUCCUUAAGGAUAUGUCCUUUUUUGCGACAUGGCGACUAUUGGCCACGGGGCCCUAAGCAGACGCUGAGUUCGCUUGCGCCUUUGGCCGGCUCUGGAUAGAUAUGAUUUAAAAUGAUGCUUAGAACAAUGAAAUAUGUACCUGAAUCACUAAAAGCAAUUUCCAGUGAGUCAAGUACUCUUAUUAUUGAAAGAGAAACGCGCUUUUGCUUUAAAAGGUCAAGCCAGAAUGUGGACUGUGUUUUCAAACAGACGGUGCCAGAAGUGGGUGUCUAAGUUGGUGUGUGUUGUGGCGUUCAGUGUUAUUAAAAUGCUGUGUUUCAGGUUGUUUGCUUUACAUAGUUUGCUGUCAGUGAGCUUGGUGCACCGACAACAUAAUGGCAAAAAUUAAAUGUUGGUUUUUGCAGUUUAUUAGCGGAACAACUCCGUUAGAGCCAGGUAGCUAAUGGUUAGCUCAGCAUGCAGCAUGGUUAUUUGAUUCGCUACAACAGGUGUUUGCUACGGAAGCCCUAAGCUAAAGAAACCCUAAGUGGACAUGUUUUAUUUAUUUUUUUUACCACCAUUUUCUCAAGCUCACAAGAUAGUUUUCUCAUGAUCUGGAGAAAAUGAAGCCUUGUUUUCUCAAGAUCAUUAAUUAAUUUUGCGGUGGACCAGAAACAUUGGGCUGAUCACUGUACGUGGAGCAGCGUCUGCGGUGUCUGCCUGUUGCUACCUGAUCCGUCUCAGAAACCCGAUUUGUACUGCUCAUAUGCAAAAUGUAGGUCGCUUCUUCUACUAGCCAUCUUUGCAACAGCUCAGCAAUUCUUUGCCUCUAGUGGUUUGUGACAGCUUCAACACUUGUUCGACAGCUUCAGCAUCAGCGAGCACUCUUCAGUCAGAAUGGAUAGGGGGCCGAAAGGACCCCCUUUUUCCCCAUCUGCCCCCUCCGGAGCUCUGGGGCGCUCCCGGCACGUCCAGCUGCUCCGCACCCCCUCCCUAUACAGUUUGACAGGACUCAACUUUGAAAUGAAAGAAUUUAACUACAGGCUAAAAAUGAGUCAUUACCUUUGACAGAGUGGUUACUGCAAACAUCGGCAUUAUCCGACGCAGCUCUCCCAGACUGUAGGCGGAGAUAAAAAAGCCAUUUUUCUGGUGUUUUUCAGUCAGCUUCUUACAUCUUUCGCCUUUGUGUAACACUACUUUGGGCACACAAUAAAAGCUCUUGUUUUUUAUCCCCUGUUUGAUUGAUUUGAGCAGCCGUAAACGGAGCAAAACAUGUUGCUGGUCUGUAUAGCAGCAACUCACUUCCUGCCUUCCAUCUGUAAUGCGCGCGUGCCGUGUAGCACGGAAGUGACGUCAAGUGAAAACCUCCUAUAAGGAGCUUAAUUGUAAAAUUGCAAGGUAGUUAUAAAAGGCUUGAAUGAAUGUGAAUAUUUCAUGGUUGAAAUUGAAAGGCUGUAUAAAAACGUUGAAGUUUAUUGUCUGUAAUGUGUAGGUUUCUUGUAAAUUAAUUCAUAUUUAUAAAAUAAAUUAAAUAAAUCCCCCUUGAUACUUUGAAAAGACAGAGAACCAUGAUUUUGACCAGGUUGUGGCGCUCUUUGCGGUCCGGGAAGGGUGCACUAUGGGUGGCCACACACCUCCAGAGUCUUCCCCCCUUGAUACUUUGAAAAGUCAGAGAACCAUAAUUUCGACUUGAGUGGCGGGGCUUUCUGUGGCGUAAAAGGUCUCACCUUGCUGGGCAGGAGCUCUGGCAAAUACCUAGUCCACCGCAAAAGUAAUUCAUGAUCUGGAGAAAAUGAACCCUUCAUUUCUCGAGAUCACGAGAAAACUAGAGAAAACGGGGGUAAGAAAAAAAAAAAAAUCAUGUCCGCUCAGGGCUUCCAUAAAAACAAUAAAACGUAACACGAUGGAAAAAGUGGAUACGCUAUCGAUAUGUAAAUCAUUUCCCUUCCAGAGACCAAUCACGGUUUGAACAGCCACCGACGUCAUGGCGCGAGGACGCUAUUUAUUUGCUUUAACUUUCACUUUCUGUUAAUGGUAAAAAGUGCGACAUGGACUGACGACUAUCGGGUAAAAUACAGUAAUAUUAGCCUGUAGUUUCAUUCGGUUUCAUUACUCGUCGUUUGUUACUUGCGUUAAGUGCGAAGACGUGACUCUUAAUCAUUUGAGGCAGACGAUGUCCGGUUUACUGUCGAAUAUCGAGAAACUCAGCAGACAAGCAGCAUCUGUCCUGAAAAGUAAGGAACCGUUUUAAUUGUUUGAAAGCAUACACAUGCGGUGGAUUUGUAUUUCAUAAUCAAACAAACUGUCAUUAUCAACUAAAUUGUCCCCCUGUCUGUCUAACCACACACCUGUUGUUGUUGUUGUUGCAGAGGCAGAUUAUCUCAGUGAUGCAGAUAUCAAGACACUGACUCGACAAGAUCUCAAUGAACUGCUGCCUGGAACCGAGAAACUCAAACUAAGAAAGCAAAUAUUUGACAGAAUACAAGAACAUGUGAGUUUACCAAAGAAGUCAGAUUAGUUACUGACAUAAAAUAAUGGAAAUAAACAGGUUCUGUAAAUUAUUAUAAUUACUCUGUAUCAUAUUUAUAGUUUCAGGAGCCAAUUAAUGGGCCAUCUAGGGGAGAGAAUGAAGUCUUUCCAGAGGAAUCCUCCAAAAGUUUGUUCAGUCUUAUGAGCACUUUUGCUUUCAUUCUGACCCAGCCAUUUUGGUUUUGGUUUGACUCAAAAGAUGUCCUGUUUUUCUCUUUCCAGCUGAUCUCAAGGAGAUCUUAUCUGAUAUCCGACAAAACUUGAAGACCUCUUUUCACAAUGUCCAGACAAGCUUUGAUGAUCGCAUUCUUCUUCUGGACCAACUGAAUGAAGCAACACCUCACCAAGAGUCUGGUAAAGGCUAUAAUGCAGAGUUUUACUUCAUUUUUGUGGUAUUAAAAACUUGAGUUGUCUUGUAGUUAUUGUUUUUCUGUUGUUGAAUAAACAAAAGGACUCGAGAGAUCAGAUGCAAAGUUGGAAAUAGCUGCAGUAACAUUUUCAUACUUUCAGGUCAAAAGAAUCUUCAGUCUUGUGAUAAUUUUGAUUGGCAUUGUUUUAGUGUUGUUUCUAAUAUCCUUGCAAGCAAUUAAUAAAGUGAAUUUUUGGUAGUAAUUCAUACUUUGAGCCUAAAACUGAGAUUUGUGCCUUUAUCAGGUACAAGUACCCCAGCCUUCAGUGGUUCUGUCCAGAAUGAUUAUGAUCAUCCAAAAGGAGCAUUUGGAGGAUGUCUCAACCCACAAGGUAUUUAUUUUGAUCCUUUUUUAAAAUUAUUUAAGACUUCACCUGAAGCAAAAUUUGAAAUGAAACACUUCCAAACAUUUUGUACUGGCAUAAAAUUUAAAUGAGCAUAGAUUUUUUUUCAAAACUCUUUUUUUUUUACGUUUAAACAUUUAACAUGUUGUCUUUGCACUUUUUUAAAUAUGAUUUUUAAUGUGUGUAAAUGAUUGUAAUUGUCAAAUUCUGUUUUGUCAACAUUUUACAAAGUCAACAAACCCUUAUGGAGUUUGGGUUGUAACUGCCUUUUAUUUUUUAUGUAUUAUUUACUUGUUUGAGUAUCCUCGUAUGCUUACUUUUUUUCUGUGUUUAACUCUUGACAGAUAUCACUGACACUGAUGAUGUAAUGGAGACAAGUACUGGUGGGGUUACUUCCUCCAAUGUCAAUGACAACAGCCAGUCUUCUGGCUUUUUUUCAAGUCAGUAAUCUUUAUCACAUAUUUAUUAUUCAAAAACUUUACUUAAAGGUUGUGUUAUAAGUUUAAAUGGAGCACCCGUUUUGCACUUUUAAGGUCAUCAACUGUGUGAAGACUUUGAGUAUAGUGGCCUUAUCAUUAUCAGAUUAAACUAGACAUACAUGUUAUAAAUUGGUUUUAGUUUUAAUCUCCCUUUUUCCUUUUUCUAAAUUUUUUCUUAAUUGUUACCUUUAUUUAAAAGUUCUUAAUAUUAUGAUCUUUAUUUUUAUAACUACAUUUUUGCACUCUUUGUCUGUGAUGCUGCUGUGACAAAAAAAAAUUCUCCCAUGGGGGAUCACUAAAGGAAUAUUCUAUUCUAUUCUAGAAAGCACAUAGAUCUUAAUUUUUGGAGCUUUAUUCUAAAUAUUAUAUAAUAUCUGAUUCUGGUUUUAAAAAAAUAGGUAUAGAAGCAUUUCACUGACUGUCUUGACAUCGUCUAUUUUAUUUGCAGAAAUGACACAUUUUUUUUCUCCACCGGAUGGUAAGAAUUUUGUUGUGUAAAUUAAACUCACAAUAAUUAAAGGUCAGGUGAUAUUGAUAUUGGCUAUUGAGAUAUGAUCACUGUUUACAUGACUUGUAAAUUAAUAGAAAGAUAUUUGGAUUACUGAUAUAGAGGAUUCUGAGAACCAGGUUUCCUUAAGAUGGAGCUAAAUUAAAAUAAAUAUUUAAGAAUCUUUUUUCUUAUAUUGAGGGUAACUCAGUUUUUGUCCGGUCUGUGAAAAGGUUCCAGUUUGUGCCUGAAACCAAUUCUUUAUUUAGCAGUGAAGUACAAGAUGGUUGUCAGCAGUAAAACCUUUGGAGCCCAUCAACAGUUCAUGAAGAAAGUGAAGGAUCUAUUUCGAGGCCAGGCAAAGCUUAUUGAAUGUAAUGACGAUCACCAGGUCACUAUUUUAUUCUGCCCAAUAAUUUCAUGUAUGGUGACUGACAUCCAAGCAGCCAUGGCUGAAGUAAAAGGUAAGAGGAGGAAUCUUGAGAAUGGUCUUUUUCAUUUGUCGAGCUUUGACACGCUCAAUAAUUUUAGACAUUUGUAACCAUAAUCAUUUUAGCAUAUCAUGCCGAAAGGAUUUCACUAUUAGUCAGAAACAUUUUACAAAGUAUGAAAGUAUUCAGUGAAUUCAAAGACACCUCAAAAAUUUAGAAAGUAUGUCAUAAUUUCAGAAAAAAAAAACACUAAACAACUCAAUAUUUAAUCCUACAAAUUUGAAACAACACUUUUAAAACAACAUAAAAAUCUUUCUUUUUGUAUGCAACGGGCACACACUAUUUCCCAUUUUUAUAGGCCAGGUCUUAUGCAAAUAUUAAACAGUUUUUUAAAGGAUGGAUAAAGAGCUUGAGCUCAUAAAAUAUUUCAAAAAUGACCAGACCAACCUCUUGCUUCGGUAGUGUGUGUGUGUGUGUGUGUGUGUGUGUGUGUGUGUGUGUGUGUGUGUGUGUGUGUGUGUGUGUGUGUGUGUGCAACCUCUUGCUUCAGUAGUGUGUGUGUGUGUGUGUGUGUGUGUGUGUGUGUGUGUGUGUGUGUGUGUGUAACCUCGUGCUUCAGUAGUGUGUGUGUGUGUGUGUGUAACCUCGUGCUUCAGUAGUGUGUGUGUGUGUGUGUGUGUGUGUGUGUAUUUAUCAUGGGACUCUAAUGAAGUACAAAACAUUUGUUAAUCCAUUAUGUGUUUAAAAUGAAUUCAGGCUCCUCUCUUUUUUAAUCUACAGAUGACAAACCUAUCGUACUGGUGAUGAUGCAUCACUCACAUGAGCCCAAGGUCACGCCAUCUGUGAGACCACAAGCUAAUGAUGUCUGUACCAAGAAGAUGGUGCUCGAUGUCAGUGUUUUCUUCCACGAGACACUGAAAGGACUAGUGCAGUGUCAAGAGAAUGAUACUGCUGCCUCUGUGAUCCAAAAAGAAUUACAGAAGUACAUUUCUAUGAGAACUGAUCAUACCAGUGGACAAAGCAACAUGGAGGUUGAAAGAAGAACUGUAGGUAAGUCUUUAAAGGUGGUGAUAAAUCUAAGUAGUGACUCAAAAACAGAAUUGGCAAGUGCUUUUGGUGUUUCUGCUCAUAUCUACAUUGAUUUUAGAUGUACCAACAGCAGAACCAAAGUAAUUGAGGCCAUUAACCCUUUGAAGAAAAAUGUAGACUCCUUGACAGCCUAUGAGGUAUUUGGUGGCUAAUAAGGUUUUAGUAUUUGAUAACUCACUCAAAGUUAAAUUUAAAAUUGUCUCCUAAGAUUUCUGUUACCACAGACAGUUAUGAUGCAUUGGUGACAUGUAGUUGUUCAAUGGAUAGUGAUUCACUGGGCAAAAGUCAAUAUAAUUUCCUCUUUGUUUGACAUUUUUAAGAUAAAUCAUGUUAAUGAACUCUUAAGUUUACUAAAAUUGUGCUCGUAUUUGCUCAAUUUAUCUGUGGCUCUGCUUUGCACUUCAGGAGUCUUGAAACAUUUUCGAGUUUGGAUCAUUAUUACCUUGUCUUACAGUCUUUCUGACCAACGAACUGAGUACAGGAUGCUUUUAUUCAUCUGUGUUAUACAGCUUUUUGAGUUAGCUAUAUAGCAGGCCAAUUCUUAGUUCUGCGUUUUGAGAGCUGUAGUUCAGAUUGUAAUGAAUUCUACUGAUUUAAAGAAAGGUUUGAAAACAUUUUGUUGAUUGAAUGUUGUCUCCCUCCAUUAGAAGAGUCCUUCACCGUGCUGCAUCACCCGGAGGGUAAAGAUUGUUUUCAUUAACAGUCUGUUGACACUAAACAUGGUUCACCGUAUAAAUCUGUGAUUGAUGCUCAGUUGCUUUUUUUAUCAGUUAAGUACAAGAUGGUUGUCAGCGGUAAAACCUUUGGAGCCCAUCAACAGUUCAUGAAGAAAGUGGAGGAUCAGUUUCGAGGCCGGGCACAGCUUAUUGAAAGUAAUGACGAUCACCAGGUCACUAUUUUAUUCUGCCCAAUAAUUUCACAUAUGGGGUCUGACAUUCAAGCAGCCAUGGCUAAAAUGAAAGGUAAGAAAAAAGAUUUUUGGUUCUCUUUUUAAUUCAAGUUUUCAUUUUUUAACUUGAUAUUAAACAAUUAUUAUUGAAACUGUGAUGUACUCUUAAAAAGAAGUGUCUUGGAUUUUAGAAAAAAAUGUAUAAUUAAUUCUUGUCUGGCUCUCAAAAUAUCUAUCAAAUAUUUUAUUAACUCUAGCUAGGCUAGAUUUUCCUUAUAAAUUCUCCUCUCUUAUACUACCCACAGAUGAAAAACACAUCCUCCUUGUGUCGAUGCAUCACUCACUUGGGCCCACGGUCACACCAUCCACCAGAACAUGGGUUGACUACCCAAACAUUAAGUUGCAUGUUAAUGUUUUCUUUCACGAGACACAGAGAGGAUUGAUAAUGUGUCAUGAAAAUGAUGAUUCUGUUUCUGCGAUCAGAAAUGAAUUACAGAAGUUCUGUCCUCCAACAUAUAAAGAUACCACUGAAAAAAACAAAGAACCAAACCAACAACCAAAAAAGCCCAGAUCUGAUGUUAGAGGUGGUGAUACGGAGAGUUCUUCUCAAUGGCCUCCGUCAUUCUCUAGGAAGUCAAAAAAAUGAAUGGACAGCACCAACAGCAACACUAAAGUGGCACAGCUGACAGAUUAAGAUCAUAUACUUAUGGAUGAAAAUGCAAUCUCUUUGUAACAUUAGAUCACUAAAUGGUGUCAGAUUUUAUAUUAGCCCUGCUAAUGAGUAGAAAAAAAGUUCUUCAAGAUAUUUCAAGAAAGCUUUACAUUUGUUGAAACUUAACAGAUCAUAGUUCAAAUGUUAGAUCAAUUAUCUAGAAAUAAAUUGAUUCUUAUAUUUAAAUGUUUGAAGUGCAGAUUUGGCUUUCCAGUUGGAUAAAAAUAAAAACAGCAUGAAGCCUGUUUUACAAUAGAUGUAUGCUUGAGAUAAAAGUAAAGAAAAACAAAGCUAGCAGCACAGCUAUGUUGAUUUUUGAUGGUUGGUGUUAAAACUUCACAUUUGUUUUGAUUAACUGAAGUGUGCAGUAGAUGAUUAUAGUCAAAGCCACAAAGCUUGUUGACUGACAGAAUGUCCUGAUUAGUGAAUUUGUUGAUGAAAAAAAAUGCUGAUAACCUGUAAUGUCAUGUUGAAGAAAUAGACCUGUGAGGUUUUACACAUUCAAUAAACUGCAUGUCUGUGUAAAA